AUGAUCCUCAAGCUCGCGGACGGAAGAUUCAAUCUGCAGGAGCUCCGUUUAAAGCUCGAGGCCAAUCAAAUGGGAGUUGAUGAUAAUGGCGCAGAGCGGGUCUGUACUGUUGGUCGAAUCUCAAGUAAGAUUGCCAGAAUCCUGGAUGAUAACAAUAAAAUUCUGGAAACACGAGAGUCGAUGACCUCGACUGAUAGCAAAGAGAUUGGUGGCAGCACGUGUCUUGGGGCUUCAUGGUUGUUUUCCAGGAUUGUCGAUUGA